AUGAAACAAUUAUAUUGUUUGCUUAGACAAAGACCUAAUCCUAAUGAAAAUGGUGAAGAAUGUUACCAAAUACCAAUCACUAAUCAAUCAAUCCCUUCUGUUUCUAAUCCUAAUGCAACUCCACAAACACCAAUCACCAAUCAAUCAAUCCCUUCGGUUUCUAAUGCAACUCCACAAACACCAUGCUAUAACCAACCUAAUGAUAACCUUGACUUGAAAGAUCUUCCAAAGGACCCGACGGAUAGGCCAUUGAUUACAAGUUACAAACCAAAUAUAAGAGAUGAUGUAAGAAGAGCGUAUUUGCUUCAAGGACCGUGUCAAGUAAGGGCACAUAAGUUUCCUAAAAACCUAGGUGAUAGAUUUAGAAGAUUCGUUCCUUCAUGGUUUGAUGACUUUGAUUGGUUGGAAUAUAGUGUGAAAAAUAAUAGUGCAUAUUGUUUAUAUUGUUAUUUGCGUGGGGACCUCAUGGGACAAAAAGGAGGGAGAGAUGCAUUUGUUUCCCAAGGUUUUGAUACUUGGAAUAAAAAAGAUGCAUUUCGGACUCAUGUGGGUGGUGUUGAUAGUUUUCACAACAAAGCAAAAGAAAAGUAUGAGUUUUUAAUGAGGGAAAAACAAGCUAUUAAUGUAGUCUUGAGGAGGCAAACCGAAGCAGAGGACCAUAAAUAUAAAGCUCGAUUACGUGUUUCUAUUAUUGUUGUUAGACUUUUAUUGAAAACCGGUUUACCGUUUCGUGGUCAUGACGAGUCGGUUAACUCGGAAAAUAGAGGGCUUUACAUUGAAGUGUUAAAAGCCAUUCGAGAGACUAGUGAAGAUAUUUUCAACAAUACUUUAGAAAAUGCUCCUAAAAACAAUCAACUUAUUUCCCCUAAAAUUCAAAAAGAACUUGUGCAAUGUUUUGCACAAGAAUUACUUUUGAGUAUUCGUGAAGUGAUUGGUCAAGAUGUUUUUGCUUUACUAGUUGAUGAAUUUAGUGAUGUUUCAAAAAUGGAACAAAUGGCUAUUGUUUUGCGUUAUGCCGAUAGUCUUGGCUUUGUGAAAGAAAGAUUCAUAAGACUAGUGCGCGUGAAGGAUACAUCUUCUUUGACACUCAAAAACGCCAUAAAUGAAGUACUUACAAGUAAUAAGUUGAGUUUUAGUCAGAUAAUAGGACAAGGUUACGAUGGGGCUAGCAAUAUGCGAGGGGAAUUCAAUGGUUUGAAAGCUUUGAUAUUACAAGAGAAUGACACGGCUUUUUAUGUACAUUGUUUUACACACCAACUUCAAUUAGUGGUUGUGGCUGUAGCAAAGAAGCAUGAUGGUGUUAGUGACUUUUUUGAGCAAAUUUCGUUGGUGGUUAAUGUUGUUUGUGCCUCGUGUAAAAGAAAAGACUUACUACGAGAGCAAGCAAGAGAAAGGGUGCAAAAAGGCUUGUGUAGUGGUGAAGUUGAAACCGGAAGAGGGUUAAAUCAAGAGACAACACUUGUUCAAGCAGGAGAAACAAGAUGGGGUUAA